AUGUCCAGCACCAGAUCCCAACAAAUUGUAACUUUGGCCAAUUUCGUUCUGCUUAACAACACGUCAACCUCCGUUAACAAGAAACCCAUCAUCUGGAAAGACUUUGGUGUAUAUCUCGACAAAAAACUCGACUCGCAUAAGACGCGCGAUCGUUCUUCCAUUAGCGUUGGAUCUUCAGACUCUUCGCUCUUGUCACAGGUGACCAACUACAAGGUCUGUACAUCUUGCCAAAGACCGAUUGGCGCACAAAGCUUGGAGACUCACUACAACAGGUGCAUUGAGAUGAAGCAGAAAAGGGAAGCAAACUCAGCCACUGCAUCUGGAGGUGCCUCCACAAUUAAGAGGAAAAGAGGUAGAGGUGGGGCAUUGUUGGAUGAACAAUCCAGUGUAGAAUCAUCUCGUAAUACCACCCCAUUACCCGGUACACCUGCAGGCGAUGCUGCAGCUGGCUCAACAACAAGUGCUGCUGCCGCUGCCAAUGCAGUAACUGGCACUACAUCUACGGGGAGACCUAAGAAGAAAUAUAAGAAGAGUAAGACACAAAAGGAGAAGGAAGCAGCUAACGCUGCGGCCGCAGCAGCUGCCGCAGCAGCAGCAGCAGCAGCAUCGCUCAAUGGUACACCAGCAGCAGAUUCUAUCCCGUCGUCCUCAGCAGGAUCUGGGGCCGCGAAGAAAAAUAAAUUGGCUAAAGUGAAAGCACUGGCGAAGCCAAAGGGACCUGUAGAUGUCGAAAAACAAUGUGGUGUUCCAUUACCAUCUGGCGGGUUCUGUGCUCGUUCCUUGACAUGUAAGACUCAUUCCAUGGGGGCUAAAAGAGCAGUCUUGGGUAGAAGUGCACCGUAUGAUGUAUUACUUCAACAAUAUCAAAAAAGGAACCAGGCAAAGAUGGCUGCUAGUAAUGCCUUGGCAGCUCAAAGACGAGAAAAUGCCGCAUUUACAGGAGUUGGAGAUUCACGAGAUGAUUAUCUGGAUAGUUUGAAUGCAGCAGCAUUGAAUAAAGUAUUGGAUCCAGAUGAAGAAACACAUUUGGUAUUGGAAGGAUUAUCAAAGAAUCAUCCAGCUCCAUUGGAAAGGAAAGUGAUCACCCCUGUCAGAAAUAGACAUCGAUUCUUGUACAUGCGAGAAGCAUAUGCCAAUGCAUUAAUUACUUCCGGUAAUGUUGGUGGAACCAAUGCUGCACUGCAAAAUGACCAAACACUUGCUAAUCAAGCUAUCUCAGGAUCCAUUGGAGGACUUCAAGGUCGGUGUACAUUAGUCAGUGUUGACCAUUCACUUGGAUUUGGUGAUACAUCAACUCCAUAUUCUACGCAAAGCAUGGCUUCAAUUUCUGGAGAAAUGUAUCAAGUGAGAGCUCCGCUGAAGGCCAUUUUAAUGACCUCUCAAUAUAAUACGAUGCAGCAACAGCUUUUCCAACAACAGGUUGUCAAACAUCAGCAGCAAUUGAUGUUAUUGAAACAACGCCAACAGCAACAGCAACAACAGCAACAACAACAACAACAAGUGCAGGCUCAACAACAAGCCCAGGCGCAACAAAUGCAGACCCUGCAACGAUAA